AUGGGUGCACAACACCACCACCAGCAGCUAGAAGGGAAUCCGUUAAACUAUGUAACGAGGUUGGCGUGGAAAAACAAUGGAACGAAUUCACAUUCACAAACAUCAUUUAACGGCUCGUUCUUGAAAAAAAGAGGAAGAGCAAGCGAGGACGGAGAAAUGGGGGGAAGUAGAGGAGAAUCUUUGUUCAAAGUACCCAUUUUUAGCAGCUUUACCGCAUGUGUUCUUAUAAUUUUUGCAAAAAUGCGCUCAAAAUGAAAUAUAGGCCCAAAAUCUUGCAAGUCGCAAGUAGAGAAAUAUAGGGGUGAGAUUGAGAUUGCAAGGAAAACGUGACCAGAAAUGAAGAUAUCAAAAUGAACCCCCAACACUUGAAAAGUCAGCGCUAAAAUAUCGCGUGAGAGAGCUCGGUCACAUUUUGCUUAUCUGGCAGGACUCUCGCGUAGAGUUUUCAAUGAAGACGUGUUAGCGGGCGCAUGAUAAAUCAAUCAUUCCAUGAAUGAAUAUUCGAGAUGAUAGUCGCCACACCGGAUGCUAAACGCGCCGGAUGUUGUGAUGGCGUGUGAUCAGCAUAAAUUUGUAAAUAGGGUUUACACCUUUUUUGAGCGGGGGGAGGGGGAACAGGCGGAUGUUAUUGGAGGGAAGAGAAAGCGGAAGCUAAGUGAUUUCCGGAAGAUUUGACUAAUGUGAUGAUUACGGUUGUGUAACUUUGAAGUCAGUACUAAAGCUUUUGGAGAUUUUCAACUUCUCCGCAAAGAAACCAGGAGGAGGAGGAGGAGGAUGGGAAAAAGAGCUACUAACAGGAAGAAAAAGGACAGAAACUCUUUUCUUUUAGCUCUCAAAUUGACGAUGUGCAUGGGGUCGUGUCCGGAGCCAAGUGCACACACCAUUUGAUUAAGUUUUGGCUGAGAAUGUGGGCGCAACGAAGAUGCUUGAGACAGAACCCGAUUAGUUGAAGUUGGAGGACGACACCUCGCUUUUUUGUCCCUCUUUUUCCAUGUCAAUGUAAACAGAAGAAUCUUGGGAAUUGGUGGUCGUUGUGGUGGGAAGCAAAAAAGAAAAUGAGAAAAGAGUCACGGCUAUUCGGCCCUCGACACAUACAUAUGGCUCCAAUCGCUGUCAAUUAAUUUGCCACCGCAAAAAGAAGAAGAAGAAGCGAAGAGGGUGAGAAGGUAAAGCUAGAGGUCAAUGUUUUUCCCUUCGAGGAGGUCACUAAUGCCUCGGCAAUUGCUUGGAUUACCCCUGUAGUAAUUGGAAAAGUUCACAGGACUCGGUGACAUAUAAACUUUCAAUUAUGCAUCGCCGACCCCUAGACGCACGUGCGAACAGAUGAGCAAUAGCCGCACACGUUUUGAAAAGUAAAUAAACAGAAAUUUGAAACGGGAAUAAGAAAGUUGAAAGUUUCGUUCUAAAGUGAAAUUGGUUCGCUUUCCUUGUGGAAUUAUUCAUAGACGUCACAGACAAAUGGAGAAAAACUAGGGUCCUCGAGAAAAAUAAAUAAACACUUUUUUGUUUUCAGCGCCUGGAUCGUCUUCCCAAAUCUUCUCGGAUCGAUCGCUCUGAUCAUUGCUCUGCAUGUGUAUGCCCGUGAAGUUCCCCUCAACUACGUCCUGCUCGCUGCGUUCACCACUGUUCAAGCGCUUACUAUGGGAUGUGUCGGUAUGUGUCUCGAGUUGUUCUGCAAAAAAAUGAAUUAGUUUCAGUGACUCUCUUCGAGGCCAAAGUCGUUCUGGAAGCCGCCGUUAUCACAGGACUCGUCGUUGCCUCCCUUUUCGCCUACACCCUCCAGAACAAACGUGACUUCUCCGUUGGAUAUGCCAGCAUGGGAUCCCUUCUCUGUGUCCUCCUCUGGGCCGGAAUCUUCCAGGUAAUUCAGAAUCUAAACAAGAAAUGAAGCGGCCCCUACUCAUGAAUCAUGAAAAAAGAACCAAAGGAACAACGACGAGCAAUAGGCUGAAAUUGUGAAAACUCAUACCGGGCCGUGGAAAAAUGUUCCCCCGUCCAGGAGUUUUCAGUAUGUUUUCGGCGUUUUUCAUCGCACUUGGUCAUAUUGUUGAUAAAGUGACAAAAAUAUACAAAUCGAUGAAAAAUGCCAAAAAUUACGGCGGUCAAGCAGGAUACGGGCCGUCAAAUCACAAGUAUGCACAAAAAAAGGUGCAACGACGAGUCAUAGGCUAAAGCUGUCAAAACGUUUCGAGAAGAACACCAACAAAAUUAUGGAAAUUUGUCAAUUUCAGAUGUUCUUCAUGUCGCCGGCUAUGAACUUUGUCAUCAACGUCUUCGGAGCCGGUCUCUUCUGCGUCCUCCUUGUCAUCGACCUCGACAUGAUCAUGUACAGAUUCUCGCCAGAAGACUAUAUCCACGCCUGCGUCGCCCUCUACAUGGACAUUCUCAACCUGUUCAUCCGCAUCCUUCAGAUUGUUGCUGAAGCCAAUAAGUAA